ACCAGUACAUUCUUAUACAACAAUCCUUCCUCAGUCUCUGAAGAUCCUUUUCUCCAACUCUCAUGGGUUCUCUUCAGAUUUUCCUUUCUGCAGCAGCAUUACUAGUUCUGGUUUUGGCAGCCAUUGAUGGAGCUCAAGCAGAUACCAUGGUCAGUGGCACAGUCUUCUGUGACCAAUGCAAAGAUGGUGAAAGGUCCCUCUUUGAUUAUCCAGUAUAUGGAAUUAAAGUACAAGUGGCAUGUAGUGACAGUAAUGGCCAAGUGACAAUGUCAAGGGAGGAGACUACCAAUUGGUUUGGAAACUAUGCUGUGAAAUUUGAUGGGACACCAGAUUUGAGUGGCUGUUAUGCCAAGGUUUCAAGCUUAGGGCAAGGCUCAUGUGGGAUUCCUGCUGGUCCUGCUCAAAGUCUCAAACUUGUGUUUAGGAUGUUUGACAUGGAAAUGUAUGCUGUGGACUCUUUGCUCACUCAGCCUGCUCAGCCUAUGUCAUUUUGUCCAAAGUCAUCUAAUCCUGUGCCUGCUCCUGUAACACCGGCACCGCCUAGACAAGUAGCACCGGAUCCGCCUAGACAGGUAGCACCGGUUCCUCCUAGACAAGUAACACCGGCACCGCCUAGACAAGUAACGCCAGCCAGUCCUCCACCUUACAGGCUUCCCCCAAUAGCUCCAUUGCCGCCUAUGCCUCACUUGCCACCACUUCCACCAAUGCCUCACCUGCCACCACUGCCACCGCUACCCCCAAUGCCACCAGUGCCCUUCCUGGAAGCCACAGCUUGCCCACAUCAGAGUUGGACAAUGCCAGAGUACAAGUGCUAUUGGAGGGCAGUGAGUCCAGACACAGAGGUAGCUGUUAUUUUCGGAAUGCCUGCAGCACAAAGAUAUGGGACUGACCUAACAUUGUGGCAAGGCCUACAGGGAAGAGGAGACCCUUACAGGACUCUUCUGAGGGAAGGCAUCACUGCAUUUCUCAACUCCUAUAACAGUCUUCAAUAUACUUACAAUACCAUUGAAGUUGUGCAGCAAUUGAAUUCGGGGUUGAUGGGUUCAAAGAGGAACGUCCUCUAUACAGCCUUGAGGUUCAUCAGGGCUAACUCGGGCCAUGGCAAAGUCCCUUGCAAAUUUACUGCUUGCAAGUGAUCUUAUAUGAGU